AAGUCGCAGCCAUGUUCCUGGUCAACUCGUUCUUGAAGGGAGGAGGCGGCGGCGGCGGCGGGGGCCUGGGCGGGGGCCUGGGGAACGUACUCGGAGGCCUGAUCAGCGGGGCUGGGGGGGGCGGCGGCGGCGGCGGCGGCGGUAGCGGUAUCGGAGGAGGCGGUGGCGGUGGCACGGCCAUGCGUAUCCUGGGCGGGGUCAUUAGCGCCAUCAGCGAAGCCGCUGCGCAGUAUAACCCAGAACCUCCGCCCCCACGCACCCAUUACUCCAACAUUGAGGCCAAUGAAAGCGAGGAGGUCCGGCAGUUCCGGAGACUGUUUGCCCAGCUGGCUGGAGAUGACAUGGAGGUCAGCGCUACAGAACUCAUGAACAUUCUCAACAAAAUCGUGACCCGACAUCCUGAUCUGAAGACGGAUGGUUUUGGCAUUGACACGUGUCGCAGCAUGGUGGCUGUGAUGGAUAGUGACACCACAGGCAAGCUGGGCUUUGAGGAAUUCAAGUACCUGUGGAACAACAUCAAAAAGUGGCAGGCCAUAUACAAACAGUUUGACGUUGACCGCUCAGGGACCAUCUGCAGCAGUGAACUCCCAGGGGCUUUUGAGGCAGCAGGCUUCCAUCUGAAUGAGCAUCUCUACAACAUGAUCAUCCGGCGCUACUCAGAUGAGGGAGGGAACAUGGAUUUUGACAACUUCAUCAGCUGCCUGGUCAGACUGGACGCCAUGUUCCGUGCCUUCAAAUCUCUUGACAAAGAUGGUACUGGACAAAUCCAGGUGAACAUCCAAGAGUGGUUGCAGCUGACAAUGUAUUCCUGA